GAAAAACGCACGAGCGAGCCGAGAAGCACCCACGAGCAGAGCAGAGACAUUGGACAUUACGCGCAGCCCUAGCGGACCCAGCCGGACUCCAUACACUUUAUCCCCGCGGCAGAGACGAGAGGAAACGUUUGGAGAAAAUGCAGUCGGUGUACCAGCACCUGAUCAGCCUGCUGUUUGUCUUCGGCAGCCUGCAGCUGUCCGAGGGCUGCUCGUGCGCUCUGUCGCACCCGCAAGACGCCUUCUGCAACUCCGACAUCGUGAUUCGAGCUAAAGUCGUGGGCAAGAAGCUUCUGAGAGAUGGACCUUUUGGAACGAUGCGCUACACAGUCAAGCAAAUGAAGAUGUACAAAGGAUUUGACAAAGUGCAGCACGUGCAGCACAUUUACACUGACUCCUCCGAGAGUUUGUGCGGUGUGAAGUUUGACAUCAACAAGUACCAGUACCUGAUCACAGGUCGGGUGUACGAUGGCAAGGUGUACACAGGGCUGUGCAACUUCAACGAGCGGUGGGAGCGCCUCUCAUUGGCCCAGAAGAAGGGCAUCAACCAUCGCUACCAGCUGGGCUGCAACUGCAGGAUUAAGCCCUGCCACUACCUGCCCUGCUUUGUGACCUCAAAGAACGAGUGCCUAUGGACAGACAUGCUGUCUCACUUCGGCUACCCCGGCUACCAGUCCCGGCACUACGCCUGCAUCCAGCAGAAGGAGGGCUACUGCAGUUGGUACCGGGGCAUGGCAUCCCGCGACAAAACCACCAUCAACGCCACCGACCCCUGAACUUCAACAAACCCUGCCUAAAGUCCAGUGCCGCCUCCCUGACUCCGUCCCAUCGCUAUCACUUCUAGAGAAUUACAGGACUCUUUAAGCUCAUUUGACUGGGUGAAAGCCUCUUUUAAAGUGGUAAAAGACCACAUCCAUUACAGUGCCUGCUUUGUAGCACUUCUGAUAGAAAACAAAACCUUGUUUGUUGUUGUGCAGCUCGCCCUGUCGAACGAUCAUUUUCCCAAACCACGACUCGAUUCGGUGGGGUAAACACGUGAUGACAGAGGGACAUUUAUAAGACCAGUCAGAAGUUUAAGAAUUUGAUCAACCUCUAUUGGAUCUUAAGAGUUGAUGAACUAAUCUCCAAGAGAAGCAGUGACCUGUACACAAUUCUAAGUAUCUAUAAGCAUCAUUGGUGUUAAUUACCGACCUGCUUUGAGGCAGUUGAUCUUUUAAAAAGCAAGGACUAUCAAAACUAAAGGCCAUGAACUAUCAGAUACAUUGUAAUCAAUGAAAGCUAUAUGAAAGUACAGCCAAUGAUCAUGAUGUAAAUUUGAGAUGUUACAUUGUUGCUACUGAACUGUCCUUACGAGCGUUCGACUCACGUCAACAAUACAGAUCGAGUGCCAAUGCGAGGUAUGAUCUCUGAAAAUUAUACCUCUUUAUUUCGGCCUCAAUAUAUAUAUAUAUAUAUUUAGAAAAAUAGUAUUGUUUUACAGUGAAGUAUACAUAGAUUAUGUUCACAGUUUUCACUGUGAAUCUCUGCUUACCCAAAUGUUUGCAAUGUAACUCAUUUUGCAGUUAUAUCAUAAACAACGCCCCUUUCUGUUGAGCACUGUUGAAUAUCAGAGAAAUGCUAAAAACAUAUGUGUUACAGUGCCAACUCAGGGAAGAGUUCACUUCUUACAGAGAUGGUGAUAUUUUAUUUUUUGCUGUAUAUAACAUAAGCUACAGAAAUGAACUAUCAACUCAACUGAAACCUCUGUAAUGGAUUUAUUUAUAUGUUUAUUGGAGUACACAGUAACUAUGUGGUAUUAUCUGCGAAAAGAAAAAGAAAAAAUAUAUAUAGCUACAGUCAAAACUACAUUGUGACAACCAUCGCAACGGUCCAGAAUGAAGGACCAGCAUCUCCACUGGUUUAGUACAUAUGGUACUUUUGUUUGUUAGCUUAUCAUAGUCCCCUGACCGGUACUCUUCCCCAAUCCAAUGAAAGUCAAGUAUAAGCAGAGGUUUCAGACAUUGACAUAUUUUGUACGUGUAUAUUCAACUUUUGUAUUUAACUACUUCAAAUGGACAAUAUGUGUAUGUGUGUGUGUGUGUGUGUGUGUGUAUGUAUGUGUAUAUAUAUAUAUAUAUAUAUAUAUAUAUAUAUAUAUAUACACACACACGCACACAAUGUCCAUCUCAUAUCAAUGAAAGUAACAAUAUUGUCACUUAAUUCAUUCUUCUUCAAGGGUUUUUUCUUAUUUCCCCCUGGUGCUGUACCUUCAGUCCAUUCCAUGAACAGUUACAGCCCCUACAUCAGUAACACUAAGAGAAGCUUGUUUUCAAAAGAGCAGUUCGUAAUUGUUGGGAAAUAUGUCUUUUAUUCUUUCUUGCUUAGAGUUAGAUGAGCCAAUUUGUCUAAAUGCUACGCUAACCAUCUCGUGGCUGUGGCUUCGUAUUUAAUGGACACAUGUGAGGGAUAGAGAAAAUUAUAUCCAUCAGCAAGAAAGCCAAUAAGCUUAUUUCCCAACAUGUUAUAUAUAUAUAGUUCAUUCAUUUCCAUUCCAAAAUGACAACAAUGUGGCGCUUUCCCCUUGGUUUUCUUCCUGUGAAAACAGAACUUAAACCAUCUCCGGACUCUAAAGCUACAGUCAGAUCGUAUCAGAGGAGAACGACAGAUACAUUGUUUGUUUCCAAUACUCAACAAAAGGCCUGAUAAAUGAUAAUAAAAUCAUUAAUCAAUAUUUAA